GGUCCGUUCCUAAUAGAACACCCUGUAGUUGCUGCAAAGCGCUGACAGUACACUAAGUUGAAAGAGAGAGAAAACAUAUACCAUAUCCACAGCCCACACAGCGGGUCCAUUCAUUACGCUUCUUAGUGUCGACAGUGCAGUAUAUAUUUUUUGUGAACUUUUUACUUGGUGAAAAAUGAAAGUUUCCGGGUUAAAAAACAAGAAAAGAGAGAAGGUGAAGAGAAAGUUGGAAAAAUUGUUACAAGUGUUUUCUUCAAGUUCUUCAGGUUCUUCAAGCGAAAGUGAUUCGGACACUUCAGCUAGUUUAUCACCUCCAGUAAGGAAAAAAAGGCGUCGCAUUAUUUCAUCUUCUGACUCAGCUUCAGAUAAUGAAGCACUAAAUAUUUCGCAAACUCAACCCUUGAAAUAUGCCAACAUUUUGGGCCUUACUCCCGAACAAGAAAAUCCGAAAGGUGUACCACUUAAUAAAGAGAUCAUGUUAAGGUGGUCAAGUUACUUAUCUGAGGGGUUAUCUAGCGAAAUUAAACAAGAUUUAAAGAAAAAAUGGGCCAUACCGGAAGACUUCCCUAUUUUAAAUGCCCCGAAAAUUAACCCAGAAAUUCAGCCUUUGCUCAACGCUACAGAAAAUACCAAGGACUCAAUUUUUUCGCAUAUUCAAAAUGAGUUGGGCUUGGGUUUAGCAGCUAUGGGCACAAGUCUAAACAAAUUGUUAGACAAUGAUUUUUCAAAUGUUAAAGACGACAUACUGCCUGGUCUGAUAGAUUCUGCAAAACUAAUUUCUCAAGCUCAUUUCUUAUUGACGCAACACCGUAAACAUCAGAUCUACCCAAUAUUAAAUACAGCUAUGCAAAAAGUUGCACGAGAAUGUCAGUCAGACAGUAUCUUGUUUGGUAAAGAUUUUGCCGAAAGAUGUAAGUCUGCUACAGUACUUAAAAAGUCAAGUUUGGAGUUAAAAGCUGCAGCCAAGCCAGGAGACACAUUUCAAUCAAAGCAAUUUCGCAAUAAUUUAAACUGGAAGCGUCCCUUUACCAAAGCUCGGUUCAAGAAAGGUCAAACAUACAAGUACCCGCGGAAUCAACGGGGGGGGCAGGACCGUCCUCAGUGGAAGUAUCGGAAGGGCUCUUACAACCAACCUCGUCAACGUCCCUUCAAUCCCUAAAGGUAAAAGGGAAAUAUGCUGGUAGGCUUAAGAAAUUUUCUGAUAGAUGGGAAGAUAUUACUAAUGACCCAUUUAUUUUACAAUGUGUUCAAGGCUAUUAUUUACCAUUCACUUGUACUCCAAUUCAAAGAAAGUCUCCAAAGCCAAAGCUUUUUACUAGCAUAGAAAUAUGUAAAAUAAAAGAAAGUAUUCAACAAUUGGUAACAAUAGGCGCGAUACAGCCCUGUACAUCAAAAAAGGGUCAAUUUAUCUCACCUUAUUUUUUAGUUCAAAAGCCUAAUCAACAGUAUCGCUUUAUAUUAAACCUAAAGGGUUUAAAUAAAUUUAUUUUGCCACCACAUUUUAAAUUAGAGGAUUACAGGUCUGUUAAAAAUAUCAUUUCUCCAAAUGUUUUUAUGGCUGCGAUUGAUCUUAAAGAUGCCUAUUUCCUUAUUUCAAUUAAUAAAAAACAUCGUAAAUAUUUACGAUUUAAAUUUGAAGGCAAACUCUAUGAAUUUCGUUGCCUCCCAUUUGGUUUAAAUACGGCCCCUUUUUUGUUUACAAAACUUAUGAAACCACAUAUAAAAUACUUAAGAUCAAAAGGUCUAAUGUCAAUAAAUUAUUUGGAUGAUUUUUUGUUGUUAGGAUCCACAAGGCAAGAGUGUUUAACAAAUGUAGCGACUACCAUUUCUUUGCUAGAAGGCCUAGGCUUUAUUAUAAAUUAUGAAAAAAGUAAUUUAACACCUGUGAGGCGCUGUAAAUAUUUAGGUUUCUUAUUUGAUAGUGAGAAAAUGACUAUCGAAUUACCUUUAUCAAAAAGAAUUCAGGGUUCAGAGGCUAUUAUUUCUUUCUUAAAAUUAAAGUCAUGUAAAAUAAGAACCUUUGCAAAACUAAUUGGAAAACUAAUAUCAUUUUGCCCUGCCACCAAAUAUGGUUGGUUAUAUACCAAGAUAUUAGAAAGACACAAAUUUGUGGCUCUAAAAAAUAAUGGUGGGGAUUAUGAAAAGAAAUUAAUUAUAAAUACACUUAUAGUUCAGGAAUUACAUUGGUGGUUAGCACAUAUUCCUCUUAGUAAACAUAAUAUAAAAAUCGAAAAAUAUGAAUAUGAAAUCUAUUCGGAUGCAUCUGCUACAGGUUGGGGUUUAUGUUGUAAUGGAGAAAAAACGCACGGGUUCUGGAGUACCGAAGAGUUAAAGUAUCAUAUCAAUUAUUUGGAAUUAUUAGCUGUGUUUAUUGGCCUUAAAUGUUUUGCGAAGGACAGCACUAAUUGUGCCAUAUUGCUUAAGGUAGACAACACCACAGCAAUUUCGUAUAUAAAUCGCAUGGGCGGAAUAAGAUACAAAAAUCUGUCAAAUCUUACUAGGGAAAUCUGGCAAUGGUGUGAGGCCAGGAAUUUAUGGAUUUUCGCUACAUAUAUUGAAUCAAAAAAUAAUGUU